GUUCUUGCUCGCGUUGAUCGUUACGCGGCGCGCACAGCCGCACAUUCGCCGCUGUUGUGUUCAACGUGCGGUGUGCGUGCGUCAACGUCGCUCGUCGCAGACAUUACCAGCCGGCGGUCAGCAACAAUCGCGAGGCAUUCGUCCAUCAAUUCACGGGGUUGCGCCGCGAGUGUUAAGGAGAUGUGUGAAUAGUGCACGCGAUUGAAUCACCGCGUUAGAAUUGAAGACGUGAUUAACGCACGGAACACAACACAUAACAAACGCAUGCGCCCGCCUUCCAUCCGCCAGAGCGCCAGACAAAGGUUCUUCGAGCGGAGCGCGUUCGCUGAAGGCACAGCAGUCAGCUGGAUCAGAUCAACACCAUCGACACAGUGCGCGUUGGCGAUGGUGUAGCGCUGCGGGUCUUUGCUUCGUUGUGGUGCGUGUUUGCAGGAGGGCGCGAUUGUUUUAUGUUUGUGGUCGCGGCGCCCUCGCUGUCCGCCGUGUGGUGGCCGUGCUGCGUUACAUGAAGGCAUCUUCGUCGCCAACGGCAACAGCAACAACACUGUGCACGCAAACGGAUUAUAGAAAAUGGUUAUUCGCUGUGGAUUCAUCGGUCUCGUCAUAUUUUUGGUUCCGUACAUCGAAAGCGCGAAUCGUCUCAAUGAGUACAUCACGCACUACGAGCCGCUGUCCUACGAUAGGGCGGACGUGCACAGGGCGCAUUUGCGUGCCCGCCGCUCCGUGACGCGCGAUCACCAAGUACACGUGGCUUUUCGCGCCUACGGCCGCCACUUUCACAUGCGGCUACGACGCGACCUAGGCGUCUUCGCCGACGUCCUCGAGGUGCACGACACUCAUGGAAAGCCCAUCCAUGUUGAUGCGUCACACAUCUACCACGGUCAUCUUAUAGGUGAAGCCAACUCGACUGUGUUCGGUUCGCUCAUUGAUGGCGUCUUCGAAGGGCGCAUUCUGUCACCAAAGGGCGACUAUUUUGUCGAGAAGGCUCAUCACUACUUCCCGCAUCAUACGCAUCCAAAUCAGACAUUCCAUUCGGUUAUUUAUCAUGAUGAUCACGUGAUUGAUGCAUAUCAAAAUAAUAGGACGGGUCAUUCGAGUGGAUGCGGCGUUUCCGACGACGUCGAACAAUGGAUGACGAACGUGCAAAACUCAGCGGUGGAGGACGAGUCUCCGGCGCCUCCGCCAACAAAAAAGAAGCACAAGAAGGCGAAUCCGACGUAUCCCACUGAGAUUAAUUCCGCCAAUUACGAAAAUGGCCUUAACAAGUAUUCGAGGCUCGCCAACGACGAGCAUCAUCGCGCCAGGCGUGCGACGCGCCGUGGCGACGAAAACAAAAAGACUUGCUCGCUUUACAUUCAAACGGAUCCUCUGAUAUGGAGGCAUAUUAGAGAGAGUUUUCCAGAGCACUUGGAUCCAAAGAAGGAAAGCGAAGUAAACGACAAAACACGGGAGGAAAUACUUUCCCUUAUUGCCCAACACGUCACUGCCGUAAACUACAUCUAUCGCGAUACGAAAUUCGACGGGAAAGUCGAACAUCGCGACAUAAAAUUCGAAGUGCAAAGGAUAAAGAUUGAUGAUGAUUCGUCAUGUCGGUGCACGAACAAUUGCGAAGUGAAUCAAUUCUGCAUGGAGAACAUCGAUGUGAGCAACUUUUUGAACAUCCAUUCGCUCGGAAACCACGAGGACUUUUGUUUGGCGUACGUCUUUACCUAUCGGGACUUCACAGGCGGAACCCUUGGUCUCGCGUGGGUGGCUAGUGCUUCCGGUGCGUCGGGUGGCAUAUGCGAAAAGUUUAAGACUUACACGGAAACUGUCCAAGGGAUGUAUCAGAGUACCAAGCGCUCCCUCAACACAGGGAUUAUCACUUUUGUCAACUAUAAUAGUCGCGUGCCGCCUAAAGUUAGUCAACUCACUCUGGCUCACGAAAUUGGACAUAAUUUUGGAUCACCUCAUGAUUAUCCACCUGAAUGUCGUCCAGGCGGAAUUGGUGGGAAUUAUAUUAUGUUUGCCUCGGCGACUAGUGGUGACCGUCCAAACAACAGCAAGUUUUCCUCUUGUAGUAUCGGAAAUAUUUCUAACGUGCUCGAUGCCAUCAACGACAGUAAAAAGCGCAAUUGUUUCACCGCUUCAGCGGGCGCUUUCUGUGGUAAUAAAAUUGUGGAGGCUGGGGAGGAGUGCGAUUGUGGGUACGACGACGCCGAGUGCAAUGACAAGUGUUGCUACCCUCGGUUGUUGAGUGUCGAAGAUCGCCGCAAUGCCAGCGCUCGUGGAUGCCAUCGCCGUGCGAAAACACAGUGCAGUCCGUCUCAAGGACCGUGUUGUAAUGGCGAUACAUGCCAGUUCAUUUCCCCGUGGCAGCACGAGGUGUGCAAGAUUGAAUCCGACUGCUACCGUUCUUCAAAAUGCAAUGGAUUCUCAGCAGAUUGUCCUGAACCGGAGCACCGCGCGAACAUGACGCGCUGCAAUAAUGGUACUCAAGUUUGCAUUAACGGCGAGUGCAGGGGUUCAAUUUGUCUGGAAUGGAACCUGCAGGCAUGUUCGUUGACUUCUCAAGAUGUGCCUAACAUCGACAAACGGAAACUUUGUGAGCUGGCAUGUCAAAACGGCACGGAUAAGUGUCGAAGCACCAGCGAAUUUGCACAUCUUGUUGGGUUGCCAGCGGGUGGGAUUAGUUUAAGACCUGGAUCACCAUGUGACAAUUUUCAGGGUUACUGUGAUGUGUUCCUUAAAUGUCGCGCGGUUGAUGCUGAUGGGCCCUUAGUGCGACUAAUGAAUCUCCUGCUGAACAAGGAAACGUUGCUGAACGUUGCGGGGUGGGUGACGGAAUACUGGUGGGCGGUGGUGCUGAUGGGAAUUGGGUUCAUCAUUUUUAUGGGCUUGUUUAUCAAGUGCUGUGCAGUGCAUACGCCCUCGUCCAACCCGAAACCACCCGCAAGAAGAUUCAGUGAAACAUUACGUCGGCCGAUGAAUACGCUGCGACGAAUGCGGCAUCCACACGCCGGCACACAUCACGCAGGUGCCACCGGAGGCGGUCAUCACGGGCAUCAUCCCGAAGGUGGCGGGCGCCCAGGUCGCUCAGGUCGAUCCACUGCCAAUCACGGACCACGACGAGGCUUCGGCGAUGGUCGCGGUCAGCAUCAUAGUGCACCGAAAGAUUAUUAUCCAUUAGCGACAGCGCCACAAGCCGGAGGAGGUCGAAUGCAGGACGGCUACGCCAACGCGUAUCGGAACUUCGAGAUGAACAAGGUCUGACACGAGGGGCAGGCCAGGGAGCCUCGCGUCUCGCCGCCGCCCGAGUAUGAAUACCCCGGCGCUCCCAUGGCCAACCUCCACUUUCAAGGGCCGCCCUACGCGGCGCCUGGCUCGUCCGGCACUUAGGCGGAUGCAGCUAUCUGUGAUUGCUACACGAAAACUUGGACGAUGGACGCUUGAUGAUGGCGGGACGGUGCGACAGUGCGUGUAGUAAACCUAAACGGUUGAACAAACGGGUGCAUUUUUUGAUUCGAAGCGUAGUCACGUUAUUAUUUCGUUUCAAGCGAUGAUGCGGCACGUGGUGGGGAAUGUCGUAGGCGGAUGGAUUUUUUAGUUAGGUAAUUCAAACAAAAUAACUAAUUUUUAUAAUAAUUAUUAUUACUUCAAGAGAAAACCAACUAUUUGUAUUAGGAGUGACGAAUGAGCAUAGGAACAAACAUGAUUCGUUCGUUGUUUAGCUUCCUAUCGUAGUUUUAUAAUUGAUGAUGAAAAAGGCUGAUUUAUUACACAUUGUUUAGCGAUUUUUAAAUACCGUUAAGUUAAGUUUACUUUUUGCUCAUUGGCGAUUCAUAUGGUUCUCACCUGGCAAACCAUUGCGAUUUUCCAUUUUCACACUAUUGAGUUUUUUCUUUUAAUUAUUAUCAGUGAUGGCGAACAAAUCUUUGAUCAAAUGCGGACAAAUCAAAUUUUCCUGUAAUUAUUGCUAUAGAUUUUAAGUUAUUAAAGUAUGCCAAAUAUAUUUAUAAGUUGUUUUUUACGCAAUAAGUUGUUAAGCCAUGAUUCAGCGAUUUCUGUUCACGGUGAGAACCUAAUUUUUACUCGAUGCCAACCUAAGCUAGCAUCAAUUUUUUACCAUAAAGCCCAUAAUUAAUUUAGUUAUUUAUCGAUUUUGAACGCAUUUAAACGUUGUUUCAACCAAACCAUAGUGCACACUAUCUAGAUGUGCGCCAUGUGCAUUUACUUGGAUACAUUUUUAAACAUAAUUUAUGCAAUCAUUGUUAUCAAUCUGAACUCUUGUGCGUGUGGCAUAAUUUCGCUUUGAAAGCGUUAAUUUCGUUUGACUUUUCGUAAAUUGUGCCACAUAAUUUUAAUAGUUAGCAAUACUCUCUAUUUGAUUGUGAAGUGCGAAUGAGAACGUUUUUGUUCACCAAUGUCGACCAGCAUUUUCGUUUUGCGGGAUAUAUCAUAGCGUUACUCGUGUCGUAGAUAAGCAGCAGCAACGCGAAAGCGAUCUCAACACCGAUUUGAAUUUCGAUUAAAAAGGAGAGAUGAAUCGAUUUAUACAUUGUGUGCGAAAAGUACGGCUAUUUUUGUAUAUUCAACUAAGGACUAUAAGAACUACUACUCGUAAAAUAAACAAAUUUGCGGACGAACAUAAACAUUUAGUUGUCAUGCAUUUGAUUGCUUUACUUGUGGACGAAUUUGUAUUUUAUGUAAUUCUAAAAAGCAUUUUUUUCUCGAAAAACAUAUUGAUUGUUGUUAACUUCAGGCAAUUGUGAUAUAUGAUUGUGACAAAUGAAAUUCUGGUUUGCUAUAUUAUUCUCAAUUAAUUUUAGCGCUUGAAACCAAGAUAAAAAAAAGCGCCGAACAAAUGUAUUGUUACAAUUCCGUGGAGUUUUUCGAGGAACAUUGAAAACACUGCUAAUAAAUUGUUCAAUUGAAUUUGUAUUACAAGUAUCAUUAGACACACAGACAUAAUAAUGAUAAUAAGUUAAGAAAGAAAAUUUAAUGAAGGAUGAAAACAAUGACAAAAAUGUGAAAUCAUUUAUAUUUGAUGCUGAAAAUUGUGUAUUAAUAUUGUAUAAAACGAAACAAAUAAUAUAUGUAAAUACUCUAAAUGAAUUUAGUUGUUUUUCUAAUAAAAAAUUACAAUUAAG